AUGUCCGCCUCUCCAGACCGCUCCCAUAAACCGCCAUCCUUGCCCAAGUUCGAGCCGCUGCCACCGACCAAUUUCCUCAACCGACUCAUUAACCGCAUCCUAGCUCCGCUCUUCUACCUGGUCUUCACCCUUAUUACCAGCAUCGUCGUCGUCCCGGUCUACGUCAUGAUUGACAGCUUCAGGCAUGGCCGCAACAGGUCUGGCGGCCGCCAGCGUGGAGCAAAGGACGAGUCGGGGCAGCCGCAUCCAGGGCAACCAGACAGGACCAACAAAGUGUCCAGCUUUCUGCGCGAAUAUGGACGGAGCUAUGGCGGGACGAGGAAGAGUGAGAAGACGGUCUGA